AUGAAGGUUUUUUCGUCGACCUGCACAUUUGACUAUUCAUGGGAUGAAGUAUCCACGGCCAACUGGCGCAAAUAUUGCCCGUGGAAUGACAAGGCUACCCAUGUUGUGGGUGUUGAUACUCUCUCUCGAACCGUCGACCCUCAGACUGGCAUUUUGCGGACAGAACGCCUUAUAACCUGCGACCAGUCUGUUCCCCAAUGGGUUCUUUCUCUAUUUGGUGGAAGCGCUACUUCCCACGUCUACGAGAUCUCCUACGUUGAUCCGGUGGCCAAGAAGGUUACCAUGUGCUCCACCAACCUUACCUGGUCAAAUGUGCUCAGCGUUCGGGAAACUGUUGUGUACCAGCCGUCAGGCAUCGAACCUCAGACUACAACGGAAUUCAAUCAAGAAGCCAAGAUCACUGCCCUCUGCGGUGGCUGGCAAAAAAUCAGGAACAAGGUGGAGGAGGCAAGCGUGGAAAGAUUCCGAGAGAAUGCCAAGCGUGGUCGUGAGGGAUUUGAAACCGUUCUUGAAAUGAGCCGUCGCGUGUUCGGGGAGCAACGCGAUCUGGAGAACCAACGACUUCAGUCCUAA